UGAAAGGUACAAAGGCAGUCAACCAAGUCAUCAAGUCAAGGAUAGGCAGUUCUGUGAGAACAGCUUGUUGUUGUGUUGCUGCAAUGAGUUUAAACGGGCUUUUUCGGGUUUCUAGAGCAGUGAAAUCGGGAGGGAAGUUACUGAAUAAAACCUGCGGAGUGUGUAGAACAGAUUCUCAGAGCCCCCGGUUUUUCACAACACAUCCCAGGAGCUUGGCUUAUGCGAAAGACUUGUUCCUAGGCAGUAUUGCCAAGAAAGAAGUAUUUCCGUAUCCAGAAAUCAGCAACGAAGAGCUAGAUGAACUCAAUCAACUUGUUGCACCAGUGGAAAAGUUUUUCAGUGAAGAUGUGGACUCCAAGAAAAUUGAUGAAGAGGCAAAAAUCCCGCCUGAAACCAUGACUGGAUUAAAGGAGCUAGGGCUGUUUGGAAUGCAGGUUCCUGAGGAAUAUGGGGGACUGGGGCUCUCCAACACAAUGUAUGCGCGCCUGGGAGAGAUCAUAUCAUUGGAUGGUGCGAUCGCCGUCACUUUAGCUGCUCAUCAAGCCAUUGGAUUGAAGGGAAUCCUGAUUGCAGGUAAAGAAGAGCAGAAAGCCAAGUACCUGCCCAAGCUCUCCUCUGGGGAGCAUGUUGCUGCCUUCUGUCUCACUGAGCCUGCAAGUGGCAGCGACGCUGCGUCCAUCCAGACCAGAGCAACUCCAAGCAAAGAUGGGAAGCACUUUUUACUCAACGGCUCAAAGAUUUGGAUAUCCAAUGGUGGCAUUGCAGAUAUAUUUACGGUAUUUGCACGAACUGAAGUUGUUGACAAAGACGGUAACACGAAAGACAAAAUUUCAGCAUUUAUAGUGGAAAGAGCAUUUGGUGGAAUAACCAGUGGGAAACCUGAGGACAAGAUGGGGAUUCGAGGAUCUAACACCUGUGAAAUUCAUUUUGAAAAUACUCCCGUGCCGAUAGAAAACGUAAUUGGAGAAGUAGGAGGUGGAUUUAAGGUUGCAAUGAAUAUCCUCAACAGUGGCAGGUUUAGUAUGGGCAGUGCGUCAGCAGGAAUGAUUAAGAAGCUCAUAGCGCUUACGGCAGAGUACGCUGGGACACGAAAGCAAUUCAACAAGAACCUUGCCGAGUUCGGAAUGAUUCAGGAAAAGUUUGCACUGAUGGCAAAGAAAGCAUAUGUAAUGGAGAGUAUGGCAUACCUGACUUCUGGAAUGAUGGACCGCCCAGGAGUGCCUGAUUGUUCUUUAGAAGCUGCCAUGGUGAAGAUUUUCAGCUCUGAGGGUGCCUGGGUUUGUGUCAGUGAGGCCCUGCAAAUUCUUGGAGGAUUGGGGUACAUAAAAGAUUACCCCUAUGAGCGUUAUCUUAGGGACUGUAGAAUUCUGCCCAUUUUUGAGGGAACCAAUGAAAUUCUGAGAGUGUACGUUGCACUGACUGGAAUGCAGUACGCAGGCAAAAUCCUGACAGGAAAAAUAAAAGACAUGAAGAAGGGUAAUUUGGGAGUAGUGUUGGAGAUGUUGGGAAAGAAGCUGCGUGACUCUGUAAACAAGACAGUUGAUUUUGGGCUGACAGGCAAAGAUGGUGUAGUGCACCCCAGCUUGAUGGAGAAUAGCAAGAAACUUGAAGAGAAUGUUUAUUCUUUUGGAACAACAGUGGAAAGCUUACUUUACAGAUUUGGCAAGACUAUUGUUGAUGAACAGCUGGUUCUAAAAAGAGUGGCAGAUAUUGUUAUUAACCUGUACGCCAUGACUGCUGUUCUCUCCAGAGCAAGCCGCUCCAUUAGCAUUGGCUUACGCAAUCAUGAUCAUGAGGUCCUGAUUGCAAAUACUUUCUGUGCUGAAGCCUAUUUCCAGAACAACUACCUCAUGGCUCAACUGGAAAAGAAUUCCCCUGAAAACAAUGAUGAUAGCAUAAAGAAGAUUGCCAUGCAGGUGCUGGAAAAGCGAGCUUAUGUGUGUUCUCAUCCACUUGACAGAACUUUCUGAAGAUCCUGUUAAUAGGAUGAAGAAGAAAAAUCUGCAUGGGUAAAAACAAGUUACCACCCAGAACUCACAGGAGUGCACCCUGUGGCUCCCAACUGAGAUCAGAAACACAGCAAAUUAAACAAUUUAGAGCUAUCAUUAUUGUACUGUAUCUCAGUUACUACAGUGAUUUUGAUUUGGUUAAUUUAUAAUGCCAUUGCUGUUUUAUUAAUAUUCUGAUACUACUUCCGUGUAACCCUCAAUCAGAGAAGACAUGCCUAUUUUAUGGGUAAAUACAGUGUUUUCAUUGUAAGGUUUAAUUAAUCGUUAGAAUACAGCUUUUAUUUAUAUAUAUCACACACACACUAAUCUGUUUGAAGUAUUUGGUUAUUUGACAUUGCAGAACAAACAGCUGUGUUUGCAAGAAAUGCAUCUUUAACACUUUUUGAAAUGUAUAAAUACAAAAGCAAAUUUCUUUGUGCAAAAUAGCAUGUGUAUUUGUACCCUUGAAUAAAACUCUGAUUAACCUA